ACAAUGUAAGAUAAGUGGUGGUGGGGGAAAUCAUCUGAUAUUUGUUUUGAAAUUAUGACAGAAAUUUUACUGUUGUCAACCUCCAAAAUUAAAAUGACCAAAGAAUAAGCCAGAAAACUGGUGAAGCUUAUCCUUAUUAUAAUAAGAGACCGAAUGGUAAAACUAUAGUUUAAAUGUAUUGAAUUGCCUUCUCGUAUAAAGAGUUGAAGAUGGUGAAUCAUGAAGCUUAUGAGAUUUAUCCUUUAAUUUCAUUAUCUAGCCAAGUUGAAUCAGUGGCUGCUUAUGAUGACAAUCUUCUUAUUGGAACACGACAAGGAUUUCUAUUUAUGUACAAUGUAGAAUCAGGUACGGAAGAAAAGUAUAAUGUUCAACUGAUGAGAUUGAAUAAAUCUUUCAGUAAAAAAGCAAUUUCCCAAUUAGAAGUAGUUCCUGACUAUCAGCUACUGAUAUGUCUCACAGACAAUAUUGUACAAGUUCAUGACAUUAAUUCUAUAAAUUUCAAUUUAAUAACGCAAAUUCAACGUACUCGGGGUGCCACCUACUUCACCUUGAAUAUAAGGAGGGAGAAGUCCUUGACUGGUGGUGGUGCUGUCCUUGUUCGGAUGGCGGUUGUUGUAAAAAGAAAACUACAGCUCUAUUAUUUGAAAAAUAAUGAAUUCAUGCAGUUGGGUGAAGAUAUAAACUUAAGUGAGGUUCCAAGAAGUGUUAUUUGGUCUCAAGAAUCACUUUGUAUUGGCUAUAAAGGGGAAUAUGCUCUUGUAGAGUUGACUGAUAAUAAACAUUCUGAACUAUUUCCAACAAGUGGGAGUCGUUCCAGUGAUCCCUGCAUGGUUAAAGUUUCAGAAAGAGCAUAUGCUCUUUGUAGAGACUCUCAAACAGUUUUUGUGAAUGUUAAGGGUGAAACAGAAAUUACUACGGCUCUCAGAUGGUCAGAUGUGCCUCUUGCAUUAGCUUGGGAUGAACCAUAUGUUCUGGCAGCCCUUCCAGAUAAAGUUGAAGUUAAAACUCCUGAUGCAGCAGGUCUUACCCAAACUUUGAGUGAGAUGACCAAAGUGAGAUUUUUAGUAUCAUGCAAUCAAGGACGUGUAUAUGCAGCUAAUUUAAGUCAAGUUUGGGCUAUAACUAGUGUCAAUAUUGCAAAACAGAGGAAACUGUUACUAGAUUCUAAACAAUUUCAAUUAGCUCUCAAAUUAACUGCAAUUUCUGAUGAGUGUGAAGAUGACAAAAGAGAAAAAGUUCAUCAUAUACAGACUCUAUUGGCCUAUGAUCUCUUUUCUAACAAACAAUUUCAUGAAAGCAUGAAGGAAUUUCAAAAAUUGAAAACUGAUCCUUAUGAUGUUAUAAGACUUUUCCCUGAGCUUUUACCUCAUCAAAGUGGAGAGAAUAAUCCCCUUGCCGGUCCACCAUUGGUUGGUAAGGACUUGGAAACAGGAUUAUUGGCCCUCAUAGAUUAUUUGACUGAUAUAAGACACCCUCUUAAACUGGAAGUGGCAAAUAAUAAUGAUGCAAAGAGUAAAACUGCUUUGCAUUUACUUCAGAUUAUUGAUACUACCCUAUUGAAGUGCUAUUUGCAAACAAAUGAUGCUCUUGUGGCCCCUCUGUUGAGACUGAAUUAUUGUCAUUUAUCAGAAGCUGAAAAGGUAUUAAGGAAAAUGGGGCGACAUAAUGAGUUAGUAAUAUUGUAUCAAACUAAAGGCCAGCAUCGUAAAGCUUUAGAGCUGCUUAAAUCUGAAAAAGCAAUUGAGAGGACAAUUAAGUAUUUGCAGCAUUUAGGUCCAGAUCAGGUUGGUCUCAUUCUGGAAUUUGCAAAUUGGGUGCUGACUGAAGCUCCAGAGGAGGGCCUACGUAUUUUUAUCGAAUACAAUCCAGAUGAUGAGCAACCACCAAAGCCUCGGGUUUUAGAUUUCCUUCUGAGAUCUCACCCAAGUGUAGUCAUUCCUUACCUUGAACAUGUUGUCCAUGUGUGGAAAGAUACUAAUCCAUUAUUUCACAAUGCAUUGGUGCAUCAGUAUAGGGAGAGAUCAAUGCAAGAACAAACUGAUGUAUCUAGACGCUUGCUGUUAGAAUUUUUGGAAAAGAGUCAAAACUAUAUUGCAGAGUCUGUCCUGGCACAGUUUCCAAAUGAAGGUUUUCUCGAGGAAAGGGCUGUGAUUUUGGGCAGAUUAGGAAGGCAUGAUGAGUCGUUGGCUAUUUAUAUCAGAGUAUUGGGAGAUAUUGAAAAAGCAUUGAAGUAUUGUGAAAAGGUGUAUGAUGCAAAUAAUUCGAAAUGUAAAGGGGUUUAUGUUUCUCUCAUCAAGCAAAUCUUAGACCCAGACUCAUGUCCCCCGCCCAGCAGUAUUUUGUCCCCGAAAACUGCUACACCAGAUGUGGAAUUGGCUUUGAAAAUCAUGGAUGAACACGCGACCCAAUUAGAUCCCAUUGAAACACUUAGUUAUUUACCAGAAAAUGUACCUAUUGGAAGAAUUCAAUCAUUUCUGCUUAAGGCUCUCCACAAAUCUAUAUCAGAAAGGAGAAGAGCCCAACUGCUGAAAGGGCUUUUAUAUGCAGAGCACCUGCAAUGUCAAGAGUUGAGAUUUAGGUUGCAAGCUCAGAAAGUUUUGAUUACUGAACUUAACGUCUGUCCAGUUUGCAAAAAAAGGUUUGGAAACCAGAGCGCUCUGGUGAGAUACCCAAAUGGAGAUGUUGUUCAUUAUUCUUGUCAAGAUAAGUAAUCAUCGAUUAUUUCAAUGCACUUACCAAAAAUUUAUAUAUAAAUAAUAAAAUUUAUUCAUAUUUAUACAUAUGUAUAGAAAAAAAAUCAACUAAAAUAUAUUAUACUGCCCAAA